UGGACUUCCUAGCUCGCCUGCGAGAUCAUGGGAUGUGCCUAUUUAUGGGAGCCGUGCUUAUUAAUUCAACCCCGAGGCUAUUCCGAUUCAUCAGCGGAUACGUGGUUGGGUGGACCUGCUAUAUUCUACUACGCCGCGUCGCUGUGAGGUGUUUGCCGUUCGUCGAAGAGAGACUAAUAAAGACCGUAAAGUUGAAAACUGACCCAAACUACGAAUGGAUACCACCUGUAGGUACCGAUCAAGUGGAUAAGUCUCUGGAUAUAGUUCGAUAUAGAUUCUUAUAACAGCAGCUAACACUGACUACAGAACGAUGGUUUGCAGUGGAUCAU